GCUCGGUCUUCAGCAUCUUCGGCGGUCUUCGAGUGUAGUUGCAUAUUUAUUAUCAUUUGUAUGUCAAAUUUACGUGAAAUAUGAGUGGUGAAGAGAGACUGGUGACUGAGGUACCGAGUAGUUUGAAACAACUAGCACGUCUUGUUGUGCGUGGAUUUUAUACGAUAGAGGAUGCUUUAAUUGUGGAUAUGCUGGUUAGGAAUCCAUGUAUGAAAGAAGAUGACAUUUGUGAACUGCUGAAGUUUGAACGCAAAAUGUUGAGAGCCAGGAUAUCAACGUUACGAAACGAUAAGUUUAUUCAAGUUAGGUUGAAGAUGGAAACAGGAUCGGAUGGCAAAGCACAGAAAGUUAAUUACUACUUCAUUAAUUACAAAACCUUUGUAAAUGUUGUUAAGUACAAACUCGACUUGAUGAGGAAAAGAAUGGAAACUGAAGAGAGAGAUGCAACCAGUAGGGCUAGCUUUAAGUGUCCAAGUUGUUUAAAAACAUUUACAGAUCUUGAAGCGGAUCAACUUUUUGACAUGAGAAGUAAUGAAUUUAAGUGUACAUAUUGCCAGGAAAUAGUAGACGAAGAUCAAUCUGCUCUUCCAAAAAAAGAUUCCAGAUUAUUAUUAGCAAAAUUCAAUGAACAAUUGGAACCAUUGUAUAUACUAUUGAGGGAAGUAGAAGGAAUCAAAUUGGCACCUGAGAUAUUAGAACCAGAGCCUGUUGACAUCAAUAUUAUUCGAGGUAUCGACACGAGAAAACCAAGUAGUCUUAGGACACCUAAUGAACAAUGGUCAGGUGAAGCUACCAGAGGCUCAGGUUUUAUGGUAGAAGAGACUAGAGUGGAUGUUACUAUCGGAGACGAAUCUCCAGACGAUAAUGCGGCAAAUCACAGAAAAGAGAGACCUAUAUGGAUGACAGAAAGCACAAUUAUCAAUUCUGAUGGUUCACAGGCUGAUGGUGUAAAUACACAAGAAAGUAUCUUGGACAAAGCUGCAGCUACUGCCACAAACGCAACUACGACGAAUAAUAAGCAGGGUGAAGAUAUCAUGUCGGUGUUAUUGGCUCAUGAGAAGAAGGGCGGUAUUAAUUCCGCGGCAUCUAUUAAAGCAGCGCUUCCACAAGAAUCCAGCGAUAGUAGCGAUAAUGAGGAAGAUGCGGAAAUGCAAACUGUUGAUACUGGUGAAGUGGAGAUGAUGGAUUCCGAGGACGAUGAGCUCGUACCAACCGUUAGUGUCGGCGGUAAAACUGUCGCGAUCACCGAUGUUAACGAUACCCUAAUCGCAGAAAUGACUCCAAUAGAGAAGGAAGCUUACAUUCAGACGUAUCAGGAAUAUUAUUCACAUAUGUACGAUUAGACGAAGAACAACGAGCAUCUUCAAUGCUCUAUAUAAGACUGAUAUUGAUUUGAUAUCUUUCUCGUUGUUCCCUGUAAUAUUUUUUAUAUAGUCAUAAAAUGUAUAAUUUUGGAGUACAUAGUAUCUUUUCAUGAUGGCGUUAACAACUCUGUUGAAUCAGUUUGUGAUUCUUUAUAUUGAUAAAUAUAGUAGAUGUAUAUAUGCUAUAUUUUUCGCAUCUGAAGAAUUAAUUGGUUUAAAAGAAAGAAGAUAAAAAGAUGCAUUUUUACAAUUAUAUAUUUUCUAAUAUAAUCGCAACUGAACAAUACUGUUACAACAGAUUUUUUAGUAAUAAAUAAACAGAGUGGGGAGAAGGAAUACUCUGUAAAACAUAAGAAAAUAAUUAAGAUGAAUAAUACCAUGUCACUUCUGGUAAAACGGGAAAUUUUCAAACUGAAUCAAACAUGAAUAAUUCAAUAAGCUUA